UGGAGACUUGACACCGAGUCCUGCACGACGUCGUCAGGCAACGACGCGGCCUCAGCCAUGUUUACAUUGGCAGAAUUCCCCGACUUUAAUAUUUGCGCGACAUCGCCGGGCAUAUCUUUUCCCUUCCGAGAUACAUUAUGCGAGUACGCUGAGCUCUUUCGGACGAAGAACGCGAAGUACGGUCGUAUUAAAGCUAGUCCCACUCCGGAACCUUUGCGCGAACCUCAUCUCACCUCGAGAGUAACUGGUAGCUAACGAGAGCGAAAAUAUAAAUAUUUUGGGAGUCCCAAGAUAAAUAUGUAGGCUGUCCAUCUCUAUUUGCCUAUCAUUGUCAUUGAACAAGAUUAUUUACUAUGGCAACUAAAAGACUCGCGAUGUUGGCAUUCUUUCUCCAAUUGCUUGCCUUAUCAUCUUCUCACCCCAAUCCAAAAGUGUGCAAAGCGCAGCCUGGGACAAAAGCAUGGCCAUCGGAAGCAAAAUGGGAGAGCUUUGAUAAAUCUCUUUCGGGCCAGCUUAUUAAAACCGUCCCGCCCGGUGCAGUCUGCCACCCGUCGCAGCCUUCGUACGACGCCAUAGCUUGCCCGGCCGUGCAAGAGGGAUGGAAACUCGCGAAGUGGCACACUGAAAAUCCCGUUUCGGUCAUAUUGGAUAGCGCUGUAAAUGACACUUGUCUUCCGGAUCCGAAGUAUCCAUGUAGCGCAGAGGGAUAUCCGAUUUACGUGGUUAAUGCUACGACGGCGGAACAUGUGAAGAAGGGGGUCAAUUUUGCAAGGCAAAAUAAUGUCAGAUUGGUUAUUAAGGGAACGGGCCAUGAUUAUAUGGGGAGGUCUGCUGCACCUAACUCUCUCUCAAUCUGGACCCACAACAUCAAAGGUCUGGAGUUUUUCGAGAUCAACAAAUUCACACCGAAGCACUGCAAAGUUCCUAUUGAUAAGCAUGUUAUUACUGUAGGAGCGGGGACGCAGAUGCUGGAAAUUGACGAGCAAGCUUCUCUCCGAAACCUCACUGUCGUAGGCGGUGGCUCUGGGUCAGUUGGAAUAGGGGGCUACCUCACAGGGGGUGGCCAUAGUGCUAUCAGUCUCACAUUUGGACUUGCUGCCGAUCAAGUUGUGGAGAUGGAAGUUGUGACUGCAAGCGGAAAGAUAGUAACCGCGAAUGCAUGUCAAAACGAGGAUCUGUUCUGGGCUAUGCGCGGAGGUGGUGGCUCAACCUUCGGAGUCAUCAUAUCAGCAACAAUCAAAGCCUACCCCUCCUUCAAGUUUGCCACCGUCUCGGUCAUGUUCGGCGCCCCAGUCUCCUCCAGCGAUGCCUACUAUGACGCUCUUACCACUAUCUUCGAGGAAUCACCAGACCUCGGUGACCUUGGUAUCUCAGCCUACUACUUUGGCGCUGCCAACGUGAGUGCUGCCGAUUACGGCAUUCCAGUUCCAGGAAUGAUCAACGGUUUUAUCGGCGGCUUUAUGCUCCCGCUAAUAGACGCUUCCAACACAAGCGACAGCCUUCUGACGGCCGUCAACGCCACAUUAGCCAAGGCCAUCAAGGGUGCAGAAGACCAAUUCCUGACUUCGGUGACGGAGACUACAUUCGAUGACUUCUGGUCCUGGUAUAAAGAUAAUAACGGGCCAUUGAACGCGGGUUUCGAUGCCAUCCUUGGCUCGCGGUUGUUGGAUCGAAAGUCAUUGACGGGAAACCGAGCUACGCUUAAGGAAGCGCUGAUUGUGGCUCCUGGAAACGGAACCUUGCUUGGCCAUCUGGUUAGCGGGAAGGCGGUGCAUAACGCGAAGAUCCCGGGGGGAAGCAAUGCCGUGAACCCAGCUUGGAGGUCUGCAUAUGUGCAUACUGUUGUGUCAUCGUCGUGGGAUCCCUUGGAUGCUGCGGGGAGGGAGAAGCAGUUGAAUUUGAACACCAAUGUAUACACGGAGGCCUUGAGAAAAAUUGCCCCUGACACUGGGGCGUACAUUAACGAGGCUGAUUUGUAUGAACCAAACCCCCAGAAGGCGUUCUGGGGCGCCAAUUAUCCACGACUCUGGUUCAUCAAGAAGAUGCGUGAUCCCCUAGAUGUGUUUUGGUGCUCGCCUUGCGUGGGGAAUGAGGGAUGGGAAGUGAUUGAUGAUGCUCUUUGUAGAAAGUGGUAACUUGGAGCGGAGGAUAAGGGGUUGGAGAAUAGUUUGGAUGUGUGAACUGAUAGAGUGAUUAUUUAAUCAGCAUUUAAAUCGGAUUCUUGUCAUGUCGAUGGAAUGUAGUAGAACCACUAUAUAUUGUUAUUUCGAGGUAUUGUAUUGUAUACCGAAAGAUUGGAUGAUAAAUGAGG